GGAAUUAUAAAAACCAUCAGCGCACGAGUAUCGUGAGGCUGUAACGGUGCGGCAUCUUUCUGUUCAGCUACACGGAGGAAGCUGCGUGUGUAUUUUAGCUUUCAUUUUAAAAUAUCAACACAGCCUCUCUCCUUGUACAUUCAUCAUUCGCUGUCUUACGUCAACUGCGAGUUAUUCGGACCUAGGAAAUUUGCAUGACAGGUGAACCACUAUGGAGUUGUACAACAAAGACACAUUUUCUGAGGAUAUCCUGCCUGUUGUCAUUGUUGGUAAUGGACCAUCAGGGAUUUGCCUCUCUUAUUUGCUGUCGGGAUACACCCCUUACUUUUCCCCCGAUGGCUUCCAUCCCAACCCAAUUUUGCAUAACAAGCUGAUGGAGAACCGUCAUCUGUCUUUGUUUGACCAGGAUCUGGAGUACCUGUGUGAGGGCGUAGAGGGCCGUUCAUCAAACCCUGUGGCUGUGCUCUUCGAUGCCCUCCUACUUCCAGAUGGUGACUUUGGGGUGGAUUGCGCCUCCCCGCUGAUAUGGCGACAUGAGCCGGAAAGGGCCACACCUCAUCUUGUACUGGGGAAGGGACCACCUGGAGGGGCCUGGCAUGCGAUGGAGGGCUCAAUGUUGACACUCAGCUUAGCUAACUGGAUGGAACUUCCUGGUUUGAAGCUGAAGGACUGGAUGAGAGAUAAACGAAGAAAUUUACGUAAUGACCGUGCGACGCCAACUGAGAUUGCGUCCUACUAUCAGCACUAUGUGACUAAAAUGGGUCUGGAGAAGAGCUUUGCUUGCGGCACCACCGUAACCUCAGUGUCUCGGGUUUCCCUGGAAUCUGGCUGCUCCGUUUGGAAGAUCCAAGGCCUCCAAAAAAGAGCAAAUGAAGUAAUUGAAGUCCCUUUCUCGGUUUAUGCCGAGAACGUGGUGCUGGCCACAGGAACCCACGACAUCCCGGCCCGUCUCGGCGUGGAAGGUGAAAACCUUCCCUUCGUGUGCCACAGCUUCUGGGAGCUGGAGGCCGCCAUUUCCUCAGGCCGUUUGGACCGCGCUUCAGAGCCGGUUCUUGUGGUCGGUGCUGGGUUGACGGCGGCAGAUGCCGUUCUCGCAGCUCACCACUUGAACACACCUGUUUAUCACGCCUUUAGGCGACCUGUGAGUGAUCCUGCGCUCAUCUUCAACCAACUGCCCAAGCUCCUCUACCCCGAGUACCACAAAGUGCACCAAAUGAUGAGCCAACAGCAGCAAAGUCUGGGUGAGACAGUGGUUAAUCUGUCCAACCAACCUCUUUCUUCACCUUCUGAUGGCACCAGCCAAUGUACAUCUUACCCUGGUUACCUUAGUUUCCCAAAGCACAACGUAGCUUCCUUCAGACCUGAUGGCAAGUGUGUGCUAGAGGAUGAGAAAGGGCUACAGACAGUGGUCCAAGUCUCAAUGGCGCUCGUUUUGAUUGGUGCCCAUCCCAACCUGUCAUUUCUCCCAGAACAUGGUCGCCCACUGGCGCUGAACUCAGAAGAGCCAAUCAGCUGUCGCCGGAACCCGCUAGAUGUGGAUCCAUACACGUAUGAGUGCGUGAAGGAACCGGGAAUGUACGCCAUGGGUCCACUAGUGGGUGAGAACUUUGUUCGCUUCCUGAAAGGCGGAGCUUUGGCCAUUGUAUGUGAUGUCGCCCGAAAGCGAAGUAAAAAACCACAAGAGAAUAGCACGAUAAGCUCGUUGAAUAUUCAACUGACCAACUGCACCUUGGAAGCAUGACUUUAAACACAUUGACUUUAAAAAGGUGAAAAGAGAUUUUUUUUAUAUAUGUAGCUAUCAUAAAUUCCACACGUAUGCUGGAAAAUGCUCUGUGGUUCUGCUCCAACUGACAGAAAGGAAUCGGUUGUUUAAACAGUUCGUGACAGUUCCGACAAGUGUAAGUGCUUACAUGCAGACUUGCAGACUUGCAGUGCACUGACACAGAUUUUAGUUGUUAAUGGCUAACUAACUCGCCUCUAAACAUUAAUCCGAGUCUACGGACACAAGGUGCUUUAACACUUCAGGGAUUUAUUCGUCCAUGGCUGCUCACUCGAAACACUACUCAUGUUCUCACGGCAAUCAUGUUCUGUUGUGCCAAAUUAACAUUUAUGAUCUCCGUGUUAUCAGAUCUAAAAUUUUCUUCUUGUAAGGAAAACACAAACAUAAUCUUUGCCAAGCAAAUGCUGCUGUAGUAUCAAUAUCGGUACUAACGCUUUUACUGUCUUCAUCAAUGAAUGUAUAAAUCAUAGUGGACCUAAAAAAAAAAAAAAAAAAAAAAAUAUCAGAUCAUUGUGACAUUUCAGCUUUUUGUAUUCCAUACACUGCCUUCCCAAGUAAAGCAUACAGUUGUACUAAAUCCACUGGUUAUACCAUCAAACCAGACUUGAUUAUCUAGAAUUAGGGCUUUUGAAAGUUUAAGAUGUCCUUGUUUCAUGCUGCUGUUAGUAACCCAAGCCAAACCUCACAGAGGUCAGGCUGCACUUACAAAACUGACCACAAGAGGGCCUUUGCACACCAUAACUGAAGCCAGGCAACAUUGCAUCAGAUAUAAUGAAGCUUCAUUACAUGAAUGAUUCAUUCUACAUUAGCUUAUUUACCACUGUGUUAAACGAUGUAGGCCAAAUAUAUGGCCUAGAGGACCUUUUGAUGCAAUAAGCAAAGUAACUGUACUUUUUUUUUUUUUUUUUUUUUUUUUUUUUUUUAAUUUUGUAAGUUUAAAAAUAUGAUUCUACACUCAUCUUUGAUACGAAACGUCAUUUUUUUUUUAUCUAAAAAUAAUAAUCCUGCUGUAUUAUUUGCAUGUAAGUUAUGGCAGCUCUGAUUAAACGUUUGUAAAAAUGCUUUGUACUUUUUUGAAAGGAACAAUAUGUAUAGUUUAUCUACAUGGUUUGUUGCAGUCAAAUACUAUUUAAAAUAAAUAAAUG